UUACCCAUUAAACAGUAGAGCUGCAAUGGCCUGGCUGCUCAUCUUGUACCUGAAAAUCGCUGCGGGCACAGUCUUGGCAGAGUCAGAUCUGGGUCCUCCAGAGACCUGCUUGCAAGGUCCAGAGUUCUGGUGCAGGGACGUGGCCACAGCUGCUGAAUGUAACAAAGAGGAAUAUUGCUGGAUCCAUGAGUGGAACUCUCUGGUGUUUGAGGCAUUUGUGGAGGAGGUCGAACGUCCUGGCCCAAAGCAAAAAUGUCUGAAGUGCAUCAAGAUUAUGCAGACACUCAAGGACCAGGCUGGGGAUGAAACAGACGAAGACAAAAUUGACGACGCGAUAAAAGCUACGUGCAAGGCAGUGGACAAGCGCCUGAGGAAGGACUGCAAAAAAUUGAUGAAAAAAUUCCACGAUCAAAUCGUGGACGCGUUGCAGAAUGGCAAGACAGCUCAGGAGAUCUGUGUCGAUAUCAAGAGGUGCAAGAGUGAUUUAAGCACCCCCCCAGCCUUGGCUAGAUCUGAUCUGGGUCCUCCUGAGGCAUGCUGGCAAGGCCCAGAGUUCUGGUGCAAGGAUGUGGCUACAGCUGCUGCAUGUAACCAAGAGGAGUAUUGCUGGACCGAUGAGUGGAGCUCUUCUUUGGAUGGAGUCAUGGAGGAGGUCGAGACUCUUGCCCCACAGUUCAAAUGCACCAUAUGCAAAAAGAUUGUCCAGAAAAUUAGGGACCUGGCUGGAGAUGAUCCAGAUGAUGACAAAAUUGACCAGGCAAUAAGUACUACAUGUAAAGUCGUGGGCAGAUUUCUGAGAGGGCCUUGCAAAAACUUUUUGAGAAAGUACAAGAAACAGCUCGUGGAGGAUCUGCAGGAUAACAUGGAGACUCAGCAGAUCUGUGUCAAUCUCAAAAUAUGCAAGGGAGACUUAAAGGCAACACCAGCCUUGGCUAGAUCUGAUCUGGGUCCUCCUGAGGCAUGCUGGCAAGGCCCAGAGUUCUGGUGCAAAGAUGUGGCUACAGCUGCUGCAUGUAACCAAGAAGAAUAUUGCUGGACCAAUGAGUGGAGCACUUCUGAGCAGGAGAAACUCAUGGAAGAGGUUGGCGCUCUUGCCCCACUGUUCAAAUGCACCAUAUGCAAAAAGAUUGUCCAGAAAAUUAGGGACCUGGCUGGAGAUGAUCCAGAUGAUGAAAAAAUUGACCAGGCAAUAAGUACUAUGUGUAAAGUCGUGGGCAGGUUACUGAGAGGGCCUUGUAAAAACUUUCUGAGAAUGUACAAGAAACAGCUCGUGGAGGAUCUGCAGAAUAACAUGGAGACUCAGCAGAUUUGUGUCAAUCUCAAAAUAUGCAAGGGAGACUUAAAGGCAACACCAGGUCUGGCUUAUUAUUACACCGCAACAGAGUGAUCCUGGACCCCAGCACAGGUUCCUUUAGAUGCAUGUUGUCUGUUCUGCUGCAAACCUUAAACCAUUUCCUUUUCUGGGCUACCUCUUUCUCUUUUUUCUUUAAAAAACAAAACAAAACAAACUUGUAUUAGAAUGAAUAAAGCGCUAUGCUCAGCCUG